AUGUUAAGUAUACCUACAUCGAAUGUUGUCAUUGAUACUGACAAAGCGUUUAUGCUCCGACGUAAUGGUACAUAUGCUCCAAAACUUAAAGAAGAAAUCGUUCAUUCAGUUGUGUCUAUCAAUAAUUUAUGUGAUGGAUCAUCGUCUGCAGAUGUUGGCCUGUUCACAUCACACACCACAAGUACUAACAUUGUUGAACUUGCCACUAUAUUAUCACCUCGUGAUAUAGCCACUGCUUUACCACGUUACGAUAGUAACCAAGCUUCCAGUUUAAUCCAAAACGAUAUAAGUCGAAUUUUUCGUAUUCAUCGUCCUGACUCAUUUGCCACGAAAACGAACUCCGCUGUACACUUCAUCGGCAAUCAAUUUCAUUCGAUAAUUAAUAUUAAAAAAUCACUGUUUGAUUCAACAAAUUUUCUCGUUGAUGGCAAUCAAUCUGAUAUUCCACGUGUAUUGCCAGGACCGUCUAAUAUUAUACUCAAACAAAUAAAUAAUAAUAAAAUCGGAUUUGACUUCCUAACAAACGCUGAGUUAAGGUUAUUUUUAACUACAAUUAUAUCCUCCAUCGACAAAUUUUAUAAAAUUAAUGAUCUUUCUAAAUCACUUAAUCUUUUCUCUCAACUUAUUGCCGCUCAAUCAAUAUAUAUUCUUCGUUCGUGUCCGAUUCGCCGAGAAAAUGUCUCAGCCAAUGAACCAUGUUUUAUUGUCUCUACAUUAUUUUUACGUUCGUUCAUAGAAAAUAACAUUCCACUUUCAGUCUAUCGCUUUAUUUCUCUGCCGGCAAUUGUUAAUGGUGAGCAAUUCAUGUAUUCGAAUAUACCAGAAAUAACUGGGAUCAACACAGAUGAUUAUGCAAUAAUAUCUUGGAAUAACACACCAAAACAAAACGAAUGCCUAUUUUCUUCUUUUAUUUAUUGUCGAAGGAAGCCAUCAGUCAUUCCAUUAUCUCAUUCUUCAUGCUUAUCUGAACUGUUUAUCCAUAGCUUACGUAUCGUUAACUCAUGUCAAGUGACACGUUCUCGCUCACUACAAACUGAUGUUAUAAAUAUUGACAGUAACGUUUGGCUUUUUUCUCACAACGGAGACCCACUUUAUUGCCAUCUUCAUUCAACUAUUGGUGAAUUUAAAGGUGUGAUUACGAUUAAUGAACCGCCAAUCGUACGAAUGCCUUGCGGCAACACAAUUAAAUAUACAAACACUGAAUUGCCAUCGUCUACUUGCACCAAUCAUAGUAUAUUAAUUAAAUCAACAGCUGCUGGAAAUUAUGAGCAGCUAUCGACUAUUUCAUGGCCAAUUCAAACCAUGAUGAAACAACUAAUAUCGACCCCAGGUCGAGGAGCGAAUAUCAAUUUAAAACCAGUAACAGCUAUAAAUGAUCGUGGUGGGCUACAUGUUAUUGUUACAUUCUUACCACAAAACCUUCGUGUUGAACAGCAAGCAUUUGGCCGUGCUGGUCGACAAGGAAAUCCUGGUAGUGCCCGAUUGAUAUUGAAUCAGGAAGAGGAUCUGCCUCAAUUGAUUCAAUAUUUCAAAAAUUUACCAAUUGACGAACAUCGAACAAUUGAAGGUGUUAAACAGUUACGAGAUAAAUAUGAAGCAACAACGAUUCAAGAAGCUAGGAAGGAGGUACGAAAAAUUGAAGCAAAAGAUCAUCUACUACAACAGUUUUUAAAUAUGGCACAUAGUCAACGAGAAUAUAUUGAUUUUGGAAAUAAUAAAAAAUAUAAUCCUGGAUUUGAUUCAUUACGAGAAACAUGGGGGAAUUAUUGUUUUAAAAUUGAUGAUAUGGAUGAUGAAGCGUCAAUUCAACGACUCUACCAAAAAUUUGCUAAUAACGUUCAAACAUGCUUGAAUCGAUGUGUUCAGAUAAAACGCAAUCCUGAUCAACAGUCACAAUUUGCCACAUAUGCUAGAUCUAAUUUUGGAGUGAAGGACGCCGAUGCCGAACGUAAAGAAAAACAAGCUAACAUUGAUUGUCAUAUACUAAACGAAUUAAUUGAAGAUCCAAAGUAUUUUAUGAAUGCUGGUUUAAAUGAAGUGUGUGGCGAAAGCGGGAAAAUAGCAGGUGCUGACAGUCGUAGUUUAAAACUAUUAGAAUUAGCAGAACGACGAGACGACUCAGAUUUCAUUGUAUUCUAUAAUAAAGCAGGAUGUCUUGUUGGUCAAGGAAAAGGCAGUGAUGCUCCGAUUGCUAUGAAUAGAUCACUAAAUUUGCUUGUAUAUGAGAUUGAAAAUCGGAAUAAAUUAAUAAUAUUGAAUACAAAACCACCGCCCGAUGGAAAGCCACCACGUGUAUUUGCCGAAGUGAUUUUUCUACAAAUCGUUAAAAGUUACAUUGAAGUGACAAGAAAUCAACUUAAUCAGUAUGAUUCCGAUAAACAUGAAUUAACAUGUAAUUAUGAAUAUUGGACAGAAGGAUUUAUACAAGAACAAUUAAAUGGUACAGAAUUUGCACAUUUAAUACCUGAUCUGGAAGAAGAACGAAAAGAAUGGUGCUAUGAAGGUCUACAGUUUCGUUAUAAAUUUAUUAUCGAAGCAAAACGAUGUUGGUGGAAAACAAUAUUUAUAUUUGUAAUGGGUGUAGCACAAGUUAUUGGUGGUGCAAUAUUGUGCUGCAUAACAGGGCAUGUUAAACUUGGUACAUCAAUGAUAAUGGGAGGUGUAUUUGAUAUGUACACUGCUGUUGGUAAGUUGUAUUUCUAG